GACAGCUUUUGAUGCUAAAAUAAUACUCCUUAAGCAUACUUCCACAAUACUUUAUAGUAUAAAAAGGCCAUUAAAUAUUGCUAAAUGACUCCAUUAAUUCCAUUAUCUUCCUUAAACAAAACCCUAGAUAGUACUAAGUUUGGUUUUUUUUUUUUGUCUUCACUCUCAAAUGGUUAAGCAGAAGAUGAUACCCACUAUUAACCCAGUAAGUAUUAUCAAUGCACGUACGAACCAAUCAUGCAGCAACCCUGUUUGUUUCUUCUGCAUCAUGAAAGAGUUAGACAAACCAAAUAGAAGAGAUAAACUAACAAAAUUCUUCCAAAAUAUGCCAAGAAUCAACAACAAAGAAAUCAUUUUUGUGCUGAGUGGGCUAUGGAACACCGCGAUAGCCCAACCUGACGAUCCUGAGCUACCUUCUCUUGGCAUUUUUGAAUGCAUGGCAAAGUUGAUACAGAAAGGUGUUAAUGAUAGAAAAUGGCUACUUAAGGACCAAAAUAUAUAUAUCCCUUAUUAUGCAGCCCAUAUAAUUGGUUCUUACACUAUGAACAAGCCUGAUUUUGCUGAAACAGCAGUUGAAUCAGGAGUUAUCCCACCUUUGAUGGAGCUGUUGAGAGGGAAAUUGAGCUGGGUUGAGCAACGUGUAGCGGUUCGUGCACUUGGUCAUCUUGCAAGCUAUGAGAUUACCUUUGCAGCAGUGGCUGAAUAUGAAGAAGAGGUAGUCAAAUUAGCUAUGAAUAUCUCCUCUACUUGUCUUGAUUUGGUGUACGACACGUUUGUUGCAAUCGAAGACAGGAGGAAGAGGCCGAUCUACCACAGUGAAUUGCUAAGUAGAGGGGUUGGAGGGAUGGAAAUUGAGAACAAAAAGGCAGAGGAAUGGGCUAGCCAGCUUCAAUGUUGGUCUAUCCAUCUCCUAAAUUGCUUUGCAUAUAAAGAGAGGUCUUUAGAUCUGAUUUGCAAGCCGGGUUAUUUGCAAAAUCUGUCUAGCAUGUGGGGUGGAUUGAUGAAUGAUGUUUCACCAGCUGGGUAUGGACUAAUUAGAAUCCUUUGUUUCAGCAAAUAUUCAAGAAAAAUCAUAGCAAAGGAGGAAGAUGUUAUUGUAAGUCUUGCAAAUCUUUCGCGAUCAUCAGAUGAUUGGCAAUAUAUUGGUAUUGAGUGUCUUCUUUUGCUUCUUAAAGACACAGAUACAAGAUACAAUGUCAUUGAUAUAGCAAUCUGUUGUUUAGUAGAUUUAGUCGAACUCAAAAGCCUUAGGAGUAGUAAUGGUAGAUCCACUAUAGGUCAAGAAAUUAUAAACAGCAUUCUCCUUUUAGACAGUAUACAUGAUACCAAAUUGAAGCUGAUGACAGACAACACACGCGCAAGUAUUGAAGAAGUUAAGCUUGUGAUUGAGAGGAGGAAGAGAGAAAAGUUGAUGUCAGAAGAAAACAUGGAGGAAAGAAAGGUGUUAGUGAAUCUAACAAAACAGCAAGGAAACAGAUGUUUUUGGUCAGGACAUAUUCAAGAAGCUAUUAUUAAGUAUUCUGAAGGGUUGGAAUUUUGUCCAUUGAAGUUGAGAAAACAAAGGACAGUAUUGUUGAGCAAUAGAGCUCAAUGUCAUUUGGUAUUGAAAGAUCCAGAUUCCGCAAUUAGAGACACAACAAAAGCAUUGUGCUUAACAACUCCACCCAAUUCUCACAGUAAAAGCCUUUGGAGAAGAUCACAAGCUUAUGACAUGAAGGGUUUAGCUAAGGAGAGUUUGAUGGAUUGUAUCAUGUUCUUGAACUUCUGCACCAAAACAAAUUCUAAAGAAUAUGUGAAAAUACCAUACCAUGCUGCCUGUAUGAUUAACAAGCAGAUGCGUGCGACAUGGCUUUUUAACAGUCGACGAUUGAAGCCAUCGAAUAACCAAGUGCAAGAUGUUCACACUUCAGAUGGUGAUGAUUCGUUAUGACAUUCAAAAAGAUCUAGAAAAUGGUACAUUGUUGGUAGUUUUUCACAUGAUCAAGGUGGGGAGUAAAGGAAGGAAAGAACGAAACAAGCCAAGAGAUAAAGCUGCCAGCCUGCCACAUUGUGCAUAAUGUAAGCCAAAACUGGCUAAAUCUUUCUGAAGGCUACAUAUAGUUAAGAAAAUUGUGUAGUACAAGUUAUAGCAGUUUCCACUUUCUUUAAUUUUGAGAAGUUAUAUACUUCAUAAUAUCUAGUUAGUGGGAUUCAUCAGAUGAAAGUUGUAGUUUUGUAAUACAACUCAAG